AUGUCUUUUUCAGCCGUUGCAAGAUUUAGUGGGACGAUUGUAAAAGUAAUAAUACAUUCAAAUAGUAUAGAAAGGGCUAAUGAUCUUCGCCUCUCGAAUGUUAACAUCUAUCCGGUGAAGGCGAUUUUAUUAGGGAAACGUUUGGCGGAAACCGUAACACCACCAUCCCCAAUUAAGUGUGAAGGUAGAUUUGAUCUCGAAUCGGUUAAACGAUUGUUCUGGAUUGUUGGAAAGGUUGAAGAAAUCGCUUGA